ACAUCUCUUCCAUAAUCAUAUGGGCAAAAUUUGACUUUUUAUGCAAAUAUAUUGCUUGUGAUAUUUAAAAUUGGUACGAAUGAUAUCACAAAGCUAACAUCAACAUUCAUGUAUAGGUUGAUGUGUCUGUGUUUUCAAGCGGCCACAAUGCAAAAGUGAAAUUUCAACUUCAGAAGUGUUCACAAACCUGGAUUCUUCACUGGGGUUGCAUCUAUAAUGGAAACAAGUAAUAACAUUCUGCUGAACGUCAACGUUUUUUGCUUUCUUAUUAGUGGUGGUAAAAAGCGCAGAAAAUGGUUUGUUCCCUCCUUUUAUCCAUCUGGGACAACGGUUUAUAAGAAAGCUGCAUUGUCUACUCCAUUUAUAAAGAUUGGAGAUGCAUAUGUUGUUGAGAUUGAGCUACGGGACCCUAAGAUACAUGCCAUUGAAUUUGUUCUUAAAAAUGCUAGACACGAUAAAUGGUUGAAGAUGAAUGGAGCUAGCUUCCACAUUAACUUACACAAAGAAAUAGAGGGUAAAAAUGAUGGUGCAAGAAAUGGUAAAUGCUUGCUUAAUGAAACGUCUCAUAACGAGAAUAUCGAAAAGCCAUUGAGACACAGAAGCCUCUGCAGCGCUACUUUCUUUCCGAAACUCUCGACUUCUUCCUCCACUUGGCAAGGACUAUCCCAAAAGAACAACGCUUUCAGCAAUAUGUAUGUUAUGUCACUUGAAGAAACCUCUAGUGAAAUGGUUGGUGAAAAGUCACGCAGCAUUAGAUUUUUGAAUAAUGAGGGGCCAAAGUGGAUGAAAUUUCCGGCAUCAAUUGUCCUACCUCUUGGAGUAUUUGAAAAAAUAUUAUCAGAAGACAUAAAUAAGGAGGUAGCAAAGAAAAUUGCUUCUCUUGGCGAACGCAUAGAUCGAGGAGACAUUUCAAAGCUUAAGACGGUUCAAGAAACCGUUUUGCAAAUAAAAGCUCCUCGUAGAUUGAGCAUUGAGGUUAGGAAGAAAAUGAAGAGUUCAAGACUACCAUGGCCUCGAGGUCGUGGAGACGAUACGUGGACCCGUGUUUGGCAAGCUAUGAAAAUGGUUUGGGCUUCUAAAUGGAAUGAAGGAGCAUAUGUCAGUUACAGAAAUACAAACACUACUUAUGAUAAACUACGCAUCGGUAUUUUAAUUCAAGAAUAUAUUAGAGCUGAUUAUGCCUUUGUUACAUACACACAUCAUCCUGUGUCUCAAGACUCGUCAGAGAUAUACACAGAGAUCGUCAAGGGGUCAGUUGAGACUUUAGUUGGUGCUUCUUUGGGUCGCCCCAUGUGUUCUGUUACUAAAAAAUCUGAUCUUAAAUCACCUACUGUUACUUGUUACCCAAGCAAGUCAACCGGAUUAUACACGAAGAGCACGCGAUCGAUUAUAUUUAGGCCAGAUUUUAUACCUGAGAACACAAAUGGAUAUACUUGCAGUGGUAUAUACGACAGCAUUUCAAUGGAAAACAAGGAGGAAGUUGUGUUAGAUUACUCAAGAGACCGGCUGGUAACUGAUUUGCGUUUUCAAGGUUUGAUUCACUCAAAAAUUGCAGAAACAGCAAAGAUUAUAGAAGACUUGUAUGGAUGUGUUCAAAGCGUUGAAGGGGUGGUGCAAGAUGAACAAGUAUAUGUGCUUCAAUGUAAGCCUAUUCUUUGAACCUUUAGCAUGUGUUAUGUAAUGGUUACGAAAUAAUGGUUGUAGUAUACAAGAAUUGUCUUUUGCUAUUGUUAUGUAUUUAAUAGCGCCAUCUGUUCAUAAAACCAUAUCUACGG